CUAUUGGGUAGGUGUCAAUUUUGUUUGCUAAUAUCAACACCAGUUUCACAAGCUGUGAUUCUUUCUUCAUGCAAAAAAAGUCUUGUUAUUAUUAUUUUUUUGGGUAGUGGAAUAUUGGUACGAUACAGAAUUUUUUUGGGCUUAGCUGUUGCUUGUAGAAGGUUGAUUUGAUGCUGGAUUUCUCAAGGAAGAAGGUGUUUCCUACUCCCCCAGGUUCAUUUUUGUUUUCACCAUGUGCAACUCCCUUCAGCUUUAUUGGAGCCUUGACUGGAUUUUGAUCCCGGUUCUUUAGGCCUGCAUUCCAUUGUCUUGGUUCUUAAGCUUUUCGUGCUAUAUCCUUUGAAACGGGGAGUGUUUAAUGAAAAAGAUUGAUUCUUUCUUACAGAUUCUGAAUUUGAGCAUUGACACUGACGUGGGAAUUAAAUAUUAUGAAAAAUAGCGUGGGAGAUGGUUACCUGAGAGAGGCUGCUAUAACCUCUCAAAGGUUAUUUGGUUAUUUUGAUCUUGACACAUAGACAUAUUAGAUCUAGAAAUGCUGCAGAGAUUUGAUUUAUUAUAGUUUAUUAGGAAAGCAAUUGCUAUUUGGGACUGGGGUUUGGGGUUUAAUUUCAAGGACACCUCUUUCUUGAUCUUCAGUUGAUUUAAGCUUUUGAAAAGGGUGAAAACUCUUGUCAUAAAGAUGGAUUGAAAAGGGGCUGCCAUGGGUUCAAGAUUAAGGGAUUUUGUCCUUGGGCUUCUAGUUGCAGUUAUGAUCUUCAGCGUGUCAGCCACUGAUGGCGAAUUUUCCCAUUGUCAUUGCGAUGAUGUUGGAGGUUGGAGCAUAGCUAGCAUUCUAGAAUGCCAGAGAGUGAGUGAUUUCUUGAUUGCUGUGGCUUACUUUUCAAUUCCUAUCGAGUUGCUUUACUUUAUUAGCUGCUCAAAUAUACCAUUCAAAUGGGUUCUACUUCAAUUCAUUGCUUUCAUUGUCCUCUGUGGAUUGACCCAUUUGCUCAAUGCGUGGACUUAUUAUGGUCGGCACUCCUUCCAGUUGAUGAUGGCUCUUACAGUUGCGAAAAUCCUUACUGCUCUUGUAUCUUGUGCAACUGCUAUCACUCUUAUCACUCUGAUCCCUAUUAUUCUCAAAUUUAAAGUCAGAGAAUUCUUUUUAACACAAAAUGUGAUGGAGCUAGGCCAAGAGGUUGGGAUGAUGAAGAAACAGAAAGAAGCUAGUUGGCAUGUCCGGAUGCUUACCCAAGAAAUUAGGAAGUCACUCGAUAAGCACACAAUAUUGUACACUACUUUGGUUGAGCUUUCAAAGUCCUUGGAUCUGCAGAAUUGUGCCGUUUGGAUGCCUAAUGGGAAUAGAACAGAAAUGAAUUUGACCCAUCAGUUGAGUCCUGGUCCUUCAGAAGAAUAUAGCCACACCCUUGCGAUUAAUGAACCAGAUGUAUUAGAGAUAACAAAGAAUAAGGGAGUGAUGUUUUUGCGGCAAGACUCAGUACUUGGUGCUGCGAGUUGCGGAGGGUGUCAGCCAGGUGCUGUUGCAGCUAUUCGAAUGCCAGUGCUUCUAGGUUCAAAUUUCAAAGGGGGGACACCAGAGGUUGUUGACACUGGAUACGCCAUACUGGUUUUGGUUCUUCGAAGUGCAAAUGACAGGGUUUGGUUGUAUAAUGAGAUGGAGAUAGUUGAAGUUGUUGCUGAUCAGGUGGCAGUGGCUCUGUCCCAUGCUUCAGUUCUUGAGGAGUCUCAGUCAAUGAGAGAGAAACUGGAAGAGCAAAAUCGUGUGCUCCAGAAAGCUAAGGAGAACGCAAUGAUGGCAAGCCAGGCAAGGAACUCAUUUCAGAAAGUAAUGAGCAAUGGAAUGAGGCAGCCUUUGCACUCAAUUCUGGGCUUACUAUCUCUGUUUCAAGAUGCCAAUUUGAGCCCCGAUCAGAGGAUUGUGGUUGACACUAUAAUAAAAUCCAGCAGCGUUCUCUCAACAUUAAUAAAUGAUGCAAUGGAGAUAUCUGACAAGGAUGAGGGAAGAUUCCCAUUAGAGAUCAUGCCCUUUAAAUUAGAUGCCAUGGUAAGAGAAGCAUCUUGUUUGGUUAAGUGCUUGUGCCUUUACAAGCACUUUGGCUUCUCUACGGAGAUUCCAAAUGUUCUGCCUAAUCAGGUGAUGGGUGAUCAGAAGAGGGCAUUUCAGGUUCUACUGCACAUGAUUGGGCAUCUGUUGAAUGUCAAUGAGGGAAGGGACUCUGUUACUUUUAGGGUUGAUACUGAGAGCAGAAUUCAGGAGAGGACUGAUAGAUAUUGGGAUACAAGGAGACCAAGCACAACUGAUGAGUAUGUGAAUGUAAAGUUUGAAAUUGAAGUUAAUGUUGAAGGUUCUCUAUCAGAUAGCUCAAUAGCUACCACUCAUUUUGGUGGGACAAGGCAUAACAGCAAAGAAGUAAAGGAGGGCUUGAGCUUCAGCAUGUGCAAAAAGCUUGUGCAGAUGAUGCAAGGUAGUAUCUGGAUGUCCUCUGAUUCUCGGGGCCAAGCACGAAGCAUGACUCUUAUUCUCAGAUUUCAGAAACAAUCUUCUUUUAGAAGACAUGUAUUUGAGCUCGGAAAUCCAUUGGAGCAACCAAUUUCUAGCUUAAUGUUCAGAGGCCUUCAAGUUAUUCAUGCUGAUGAUGAUGAUAUAAAUAGAAUGGUGACUAAAAAGCUGCUUGAGAAGCUAGGUUGCCAAGUUACCGCAGUUUCAUCUGGUUUCCAGUGCCUGAGCGCACUAGGCCCCUCAGCAGCCACAUUCCAAGUUGUAGUUUUGGAUCUUCACAUGCCUGAAAUAGAUGGCUUUGAAGUGGCAAGAAGAAUACGAAAGUUUCGGAGUCGUAACUGGCCAUUAAUUAUAGCCUUGUCCGCAAGUGCGGAGGAUCAUUUGUUGGAAAGGUGCCUGCAGGCGGGAAUGAAUGGUCUUGUUAGAAAACCUGUUCUUCUACAAGUAAUGGCUGAUGAGCUUCGAAGAGUUCUGCAACGAGCAGGUGAUGGUUUUGAGAGAUCAUCAUAUGACAAAAGAGAUGAUGCAUCGGUUAGUUCACUCUGGACUAAUUCAAGAAACCCUAUUUAGAGAUCUUAGCAUUUACACAUACUAUAGGCCAACAUUCUAUUAGAAUUUUGCUAACCAUUUAGUUAUAAAUUACCAAUGGGAGAACAUUAUUGGCUGGAUUACAUUUGAGUGCCCUUGCAUCAACGAUGGUUGACAUCCAUCAAUAAAGUGAGACAUGAACAACUGUCAUGUUUGUAAAUGGAAGGAAAGGUUGUGGACUAAUUGAAGAAUAUGCAAGUGCAGCUUACACAGCUUGCUCAUGAUCUAGGUUCCUGUGAGGACCUUUGAAGCAAAUAUUUGUGAUACAUGAUUCUAUUCACUGUCAGCUCAGAGAAAUUCUUGAUAUAUGUAACGCUUCGGGAGAACAAUGAUCAAGUCUGAUUAGAUAAAACUUCUUUGCUCAAAAAAUGAGCUGGGCAACA